UUGAAAAUGAUAGCUGAAAGUAAGUCUGGUGGGAUAUGGAAGCAAAUUGUGGCUAUGGUGGCUGUGCAGGUCGCGUUCGCGGGGCUGAAUAUACUUGUACAAAUUGUUCUCAACAACGGAAUGAGCCCAUUGGUUUUAGUCACAUACCGGCAAUUGAUCGGUUCCAUUUUCAUAGCCCCGAUAGCCUAUAUUCGAGAAAGGAAAAGGAGGCCCAAGCUCACUAUAAGCAUCAUUUUUCACCUUAUACUGAGUGGCAUUAUGGGGGCUUCGCUUACACAAGUUCUCUUCUUCAUUGGCCUUCAAUAUACAUCUGCGACAUUCGCUUGUGCCUUCAUCAACAUAGUGCCAGUGAUAACUUUCUUAAUAGCAUUACCAUUCGGGUUGGAGAGUAUCAACAUGAAAAACAAGGUGGGAAUGGCAAAGAUGUUUGGGACACUUGUUUGUGUGGCUGGAGCCAUGAUACUCACACUCUAUAGGGGCCCAGCACUCACCCUGUGGCACAUGAAUACGAACUCGCGUUCAUAUGAGAACCAGUUAGCUAGGGCCACCUUACCGAAGAGGCACGAGAAAUGGACCUUAGGGUCUAUAACUCUCUUGGGAGGUUGCAUAUGCUGGUCUUCAUGGUUCAUAAUACAAGCAAAACUGAGCAAGAGAUAUCCAGUUAUAUACACCAGCAAUGUGUUCAUGUCCCUUUUUGGUGCCAUUAUUUCAGCUCUACUAACAUUCUUGAUUCACAGGGAGCCAUCUUAUUGGACUUUGAAAGGUCAUAUGCAGCUCAUUGCAGUCUUUUAUGCUGGUAUGGUGGGGUCAGGCAUAUGCUUCAUUGCAAUGGCAUGGUGCGUGGAGAGAAGAGGCCCCGUCUUUACUGCAGCAUUCAGCCCUCUUGUUCAGUUAAUAGUUGGUAUUGUUGAUUUAUUCGUGCUAAAGAGGAAGUUACACAUAGGAAGUGCCCUGGGAUCUACAUUGAUAAUUGUUGGGUUAUAUUCUUUAUUGUGGGGCAAAAACCAAGAGAAGCAAAGCUGCACCACCAAAAUUUUCCAAGCUACAACCACUACUACAGAUGACGAAGACGCGUCAAAUCCAACCUAAACCAAAGAGGAUAUCCGAAUUUCUGUGCACCAUUAAGGUGAGAAAGAAAGAGAAAAGGAAGAAAAAGUUGAGAGCACACGGUGGGUGCUGCUGGCCCUGUUUUGCCCACCAUGUAGAGAGAGUAAGAGUCUUGGGCUUUCUACUUGGGUUUUUGGAUCCUGUUGCAAGCUAUUUUUUAGAGACAGAAAGUGCACGUUGUUGUGUGUUUAGACCCUGAUUUGGGCCAUGUUUUGUGAGAAUUAAAGU